AUCACGCAAAAUAGUGUUGUUAUUCACACUCUUUUGCAACUAUUGCAAAGCUUAAUGCAUUCUUUCCGCAAAUUUCAGGGUUACUUACCCCGUCAGCCGCUAUAUUCGUGUCGCGAUUGCUCCAAAUCCACCGGUCCUGCAGCACUAUGUUAUGGAUGCGGUGUGCGUUGCCACGAGGGCCAUGAGCUUGUUGAGUUGUACACGAAACGCAACGUUUGCUGUGACUGUGGAAAUGCGAAGUUCAAAAAUCCUUGCAAACUUUAUGAAGAAAAGAAGGCUGAGAAUGAACGCAACAAAUACAAUCAUAAUUUUGACGGUCUUUAUUGCACAUGCAAUCGCCCCUAUCCAUGUGUCGGUUAUGAAGAUGAAGAAAUGCUGCAGUGUAUUGUUUGCGAGGAUUGGUUUCAUUUACAACAUCUAACAGAUAAAGCAAACAGCGUAGAUGUCAGUGAAGUAGAAGAAGUGAUUUGCCGGAAUUGUGUGGCACAACUCAGUUUUCUGCUUUCAUACGCCGAUGAUACGUAUAAGGAAGAGGCCUGCGUGGAAGGAGCGUGCAAAUUGAAGUGUCUUGCACCGAAAUCCGACGAAAACGAGAAGCCACAACAGCAGCAAGCGCGCUCUCUGUUUUUCAGCUCAUAUGAAUGGCGAAAUCGCUUAUGCAAAUGCAAUAGUUGCUUGAGUUUGUACGAAGAUAAUAAUGUGCCGUUUUUGACUGAUCUCGCUGACACUUUGCAAGCUUUUGUUGCAUCACACAGUAAUAACAAAACUGACAAGACAUCAUCGUCCAGUGAUGAAGAUCGCGCAGUGACAAAUGCACUGAUCGAAGCUGCUGGUCGUGACGGAGCUAUUUUAUUAUACCAAGGCUAUGAAGAAAUGAAGGGGAAACUGAUGAAUCAUUUGAAGAGAGUAGCGGACGAGGGAAGAGUGGUGAAAAAAGAAGACAUUGAGCAGUUCUUCGAGCAACUUGGUACUGAGCGAAAACGACGUCGUGAAAAUUUCCAGUCGCAAAUGUGA